AUGUCAAACGGAUUGCCUUUUCACGAUUUACCUUAUCAAAACGAUAAGCCAACUAAAUUUGUGUUUGAUUCUCCACAGCAAAUUUUACCCAUUCCAAAGACUACAAAGAAACAAAGGCAGACAAGAAAUCGGGGAAAGAUAGCUAUUUUAACAGAAUCGCCCUACAAGAACGAGCUCAUGGAGUCAACUCAAAUUAAAGAGGCUAGAAAUUCUAACGCUGAAUCUAAAAAACGAAAAGUGUUUAAGAAUGAUGAGGGUGAAAAAGAAAACAAAACAGAAAAGGUAGACACAAAAAAGAAGCCAAAAGGUCUAAAACCAAUGUAA